AAGGGAAGUAUCUAAGAGUCUUUCCUCUCUGUGUCUGCGUGUUACGACGCAGUCACGAUGAGACUUAAAAUCCUCCUCAUUCUAUUCCUCCAAGUGGCACUAGUUGAAUCUCUCAGGGAAGUCUCUGGGUACCUUGGGGAUACCGUCACCUUGCUCUCGGGAGCCGACCCAUCAUGGAACCUUUCCGCAAUUGAGUGGUCAAUAUUCUCAAACAGCACUUGGAUUGCCACCUAUCAGGACAACAGGGAGAACAUUGAACGAGUGGAUCGGUAUAAAGGGAGACUCAUUCUCAAUACCACCUCAGGUGACCUGCUGAUCCGUAAUUUGACCACAGAGGAUGCCAUGGAAUACAAUAUAGACCUCUUCAAUACUGCCAGACUGUACAGCAGAGACAAGAUUAAGGUCAUAGUGAGACAACGCCUCCAGAAACCGACCAUAGCGACCUAUGCAUCUAAAAACGGAGUCUGCCGUUUGUGGCUGCAUUGUCACUCAGCAGAUGAAGGUGCCCUCUUGUCCUGGCAGAGUAUACCUCCAGAUGCGACCGUCUACAAUUUGACGGCUCCUGUUGGCAACCCUGGAGUUGCUUUAGAAUUUCUCAACCCCAUACAGGGCACUGUUGAAUUAACCUGCACCUCCUGCAGGAACAUGGAGAAGACCUCAAGUCAUGUCAAGGCAAAGUGCGAUGGUAAAACGACUGAGCCUCAAACGACGCCAAAUCCUAAGGAACAGCCUCAAACAAGGGACAGACACUUAGUUGUUUUUGUGGUGGGAGGCUUCCUGGGAAUUACUCUGAUAGUAAUUACAAUAUGCCUUUCCAGCGGUGAGAGACAUGUAUAA